CUGCUUUGAAUUCCCGACAAAGUGAGCGGAGAGAGAGAGAGAGCAGAAGAAUGUUACCGUCCGGGACAAUCCUGAUCGGUCUCUUCCUUUACCUGCGGCAAGCUGAGCCUGCGGUUCGUUGCGAUGUGUUGCAGCCGCAGCUGCUGGUGCUGGUGGUGCAGAGGGAGUCGGCAAGGCUGCUCUGCCAGUACCAGUGUGAGAGCGAAAACAAGUCGGUGCCGCUGACCCAGCCCGUGCAACUCGAGCUGCUGCUGUCCCGGGACUCAGCGAGCAACGUGCUCAACACGAGCCAGGACACCAUCAUAUCCAAGCUGGAGAUGGUGUGGGAUCUGCCGGAUAGAGGUGCCAACGACAGCGGCAUGUACUUCUGCCAGGGGACCUACAAAUCCAUAGACUUCAAAGGCCCCGGGACUCUGCUGCUUGUCCACCUGGGCGAGAAGCCAGCAGACAAGACACGGACCGUUGCCCUUCUGGCCGUCUGCUCCGCGCUGGCCGCCUACUGUCUCUGCCUCACCACGGCCGUCUGCAUCCGGAGAAAGACCUGUUCCCGGUGUAAAUCGUCCUUGGCCAAGACUCACAGCGGGAAGACGCGCAAGCCUUCUGCAACCGAGCAGGCACAGUCGGGCACCGAGAGGCCGGGAGAACCAGCGGCGGGAGCAGCCGAGAGUGAGAAUGCGUACACGGCUCUGCAAAGACCCCAGGAAUCGGUCUACCACACGCUGCACGACAAGGCCGCGGACAAGCCGACAAAGAGGAAGAAAGUGGAGCAGACGGGGGUGGAAGAUGCGGCCCCUGAGUGCGUCUACGAGACUUUCUGA